AUGAAAUUCGACCCGGAGUCGGAUAGCUUGCCAGCAAGAUCUCAGCUCCCACACGUUCCAGGGACGCCUCAAGACUCGGCCUGGUUCUGGGGCGAGAAUGAUGAGUUGGGCCGAUUAAACCUGCUCACCCCAAAGCGCAGGGCGGCAGCAGCAAGUCUGAUCAAGGAUGGUAUUACCAUUGGCUUGAAUUGGUCUGCUGAAUUGCCGUUUCCACCCAUGUUUGGCCGAGAGCCAUUGAUGCAUCAGAUCAAGCCUCUCGGACCGGCAGGCAACGAUGAAAUUCUGAAAAUGAACUCACAAAGCGGCUCUCAAUGGGAUGGAUUUCGACAUGUCAGUGUAUCCCAUGAAGGAGGUUGGGUAUUUUACAACAACACGGCACCUGAGCAGAUCGAGAAGACCACCAAAUGCGGAGUACAGGCCUGGGCCGCCCAGGGCAUUGUCGGAAGAGGUGUCCUUCUUGAUUACUGGACCUAUGCUAAGGAGUCGUACGAUGUGAACUCUCGCCAUCCGAUUUCUGCCAAAGACCUCAAAGCUUGCGCUAUGGCCCAAGGAACCCAGUUUGAGUACGGUGACAUCCUGAUCAUUCGUACUGGUUGGAUCGACACAUACAACAAGAUGACUCAAGACGAAAGAGUCAAGUUGACCGAGGUUCCAGCCUAUAGUCAUACCUUUGUGGGUGUCGAUCAACACCCUGAUGUUGCCGACUUCCUUCACGACAACUACUUCAGUGUUGUGGCAUCGGACUCCCCUGCAUUCGAGGUUCGGCCACAAAACAAAGAGUGGAAUCAUCACGUCAAUCUCUUGCCAAAAUGGGGUGUACCCAUUGGGGAACUUUGGGACUUGGAGAGGUUGGCCGAAGUUUGCCAGCAACGCAAGCAGUACGCCUUCUUCUUUGCGAGCACGCCGAAUAACAUCAAAGGCAAGCACCUGCUGAAAAAUAUCAGAUUGAAGCAAUAG